AUGGCUUUUCUCCGCUCGCUGCCCGCCUCCUCGGCGGCCGGGCAGGCAGCUCGCAGCAGCAUUAGCGUGCGGCCAUUUGCAGCCUGCCAGCCGCAGCUCGGCCGCGCGGCGCCGCUGCGCCACGCUGUGGUCGUGCGCGCCGCCGCCGCCGCCGUUGAGGAGGACGUGGACGAGGUAAUCAUCAGGCCCGGCCAGAACCUGCGCAAGGAGAGGCAGCGCUCUCGCCGCUACAAGACGGUCAAGUCGAAGCUGCCGGCGCGCGUCCAGGAGCUCGAGCCGCAGGAGGCCGUCAAGCUGCUGAAGCAGUCGGCGUCCACCAAGUUCACCGAGUCUGUUGAGAUGCACGCCCGCAUGGGCCUGGACCCCAAGUACUCCGACCAGCAGCUGCGCGCGACCGUGUCGCUGCCCCACGGCACCGGGAAGGAGCUGCGCGUGGCCGUGCUGACGCAGGGCGCCAACCUGGACGCCGCCAAGGCCGCCGGCGCGGACGUGUACGGGUCGGACGAUCUGGUGGACAAGAUCAGCGGCGGCUUCCUCGACUUUGACAAGCUCAUCGCCACGCCCGACAUGAUGCCCAAGGUCGCCAAGCUGGGUCGCGUGCUGGGCCCCCGCGGCCUCAUGCCCAACCCCAAGGCGGGCACCGUGACCACCGACAUCACCACGGUGGGUGGCUCAUUUCACAAAGCAUACCUUGUAUCGUGCCCGGCAGCAUCAUUGGCUUGGAGCGAGUAG